AUGGCGCAGAAUCCUGUUCCGGACCCCGAUCACCACGGAUAUAACGCAAUUGUGGUUGGUGAGCUCCUGCUGCCGUCGUACAAGCGAUGGAGCGCCGCCGCACUGGAGUACGAGCGGCAAGCUUCGGCGCUUAUUAGCCGUUUUGAGGACACCACAACGCAGUACAUGCAUGCAAACGAGGUCAUUCGAAGGCUUGCGCUGCCCUGGAAUGCGUUCAACUGGUACAUGAUUGAGGUGCACUUUCACGAUGGAGGGCACGAGGGGCUUCCUCAGGACAUUGAAAACUUCAUAAUGAAGGGAGGUUGGGAUCAGCGCUGGAAGUCUGUUCAUUUACUCCGUGGCAAGGUUGAUGCCAUGCAACGCCAUUGGGAGAGUACUUAUUCGCGAAGCAUCGUCGCGGAUAUCCUGGAGGCUUGUGUUGAAGAAAGGACUUCCUGGACCGAGCAAGACAUUGCUCUGGACGCCGCCAUCUGCGGGCUUCCGCAUACCCUACGCGGAGAUAUCGACGCCUCAAUCAUCAAGUGCAACUACCAACUCUUCCUUGCUAGCAUCACGAAUGCUUUUCCCAUCCCAGAGGACCAAUUCGACUAUCAUCUCCGCCGCUAUCAUGCACUCAAAGUUGCCUACGCGCACAUGCCUAUGCUCAUCGAGCAUUUCAGGGUACAGCGCAAUGCCUUGGCCACCAUGCCAUACCAAUUUCGCCGCCAAGCCUGGGCCAUGCAGUACAUCAUCAUGCGCUUUCUAUACCACGCCCGGACGUUUGAUCCCACGAACCAUCUCAAGGACCGUACCCUGUUUGGCUGGACAACGGGCAUUAUUUGGAAGUGGACCAAGGCUUUUCACAAGGUUAACGCCGCAAUACACUUCCUGAGAGACGAAAAUCCCUUCCAGCCAGGUCAGGAAGGAUUCGCGAUGAGAUUGUCUGCCUUCCAAGAUCUCAUGCUGGCCAUGGAACGCGAUGUUCCGAUAGAGUACUUCGACAACCUGAUCGUCAUUCUUGACAGGAUAAAGGACAGUCACGAAGAGAUGGAUAUAUCGCCAGAGUUUUGUGACCGUUUGAAAACCUCCAUCCAUGACAUGAGAAACGCCUACUGGGCGGCCGAAGUACUACUUGUACUGCCUCACUCAACGGACCUAGUCUUCCUCGGGAUGGAUGAUGGGCUAGACCGGGCGAGUGACGUUCAAGAGUUGUACUACAGGAUGAGGGCCUUCGUCGAUGUGAAGGAGUACGCGUGCUUCGAGGAAAACGGCGGCAUUGGGGACAUGUAA